CAAGGACUUUCUUUGUGAAGGGGUAUGAAGGGGAAAGAAACAUUGAUCCAAAUUCCAAGAAGAUGCUUCAGGCCAAACUGGGGCUGGACAGAAACGCCAAUAAGAAGAAAAAGAAGAAAAAGGUGGCAGUGGCUGAAGAAGGUCCAAUCAUCCCCUAUCACUUCACUCUGUCCACUGGGAUGGAGCGGGAAGCCGGCACCUUCGCCAGGGUCUAUGUCAUCAUCACCGGCCCCAACGACAUGGAGACAGACCGGCUGUGGCUGGACCUGCCGGAGGGGAAGAACUGCUUCACAGCCGGCACCAUGGAGCACUUUGUGUCUUAUGGGACUGACGUAGGAGAGAUCAAGCGAGUGGAACUCGGCCAUAACGGUGUCACACCAGAGAGCUGCUGGUUGGUCGAUGAUCUGUCGGUUGCCGUGCCAACCAAAGGUAUUAAGUACAUCUUUCCGUGUAAGUGCUGGCUGGCGAAGGACAGAGGAGACGGUCUGACUGCCAGGCUGUUCAACGUGCUGGACUCCAGCACCAUCAACAUUAACCGCAAAGUUAUUUAUUCGGCAACGGUUGUCACAGGUGACAAUCAGUAUGCAGGGACAGACACCAACAUUUUCCUGACGGUGUAUGGAGCCAAUGGGAGCACAGAGGAAAUGAUGCUGCCCAAAAAUGGGGACAGGUUUGAAAGGGACCAAGAGGACACAUUCAGUUUGGAGGUAGAUGAUAUUGCUCCCCUGAAGAAGAUCAGAGUUCGGAUUGAUUGCUCUGGAAGUCGGCCUGACUGGUUUCUCGACAGGAUCCUGAUGCGGAACCUGAACACAGAAGACAUGUAUUUGUUUACAUACGAGAAUUGGCUGUCAAAGACAAAAGGGCCGAAGAGGAUUAAGGUGUGUGAGCUGGGAGCUGUGGUGGAUGAGGAGGAGAUGGUGGAGAAAACUACCUACAUCAUUCAAGUCCAGACCAGUGAUGUUGGAGGUGCCGGCACCGAUGCCAAUGUGUAUUUGAUGGUGUUCGGGGAGUACGGGGACACCGGGACGCUGCCUUUGAAGGAGAGCACAAACAGGAACAAGUUUGAGCGGAAAAUUAAAGAUGUGUUCAGGUUCCCCGAAAUGCUCAGUCUGGGUGAACUGUCAAAGAUCCGUGUGUGGCACGACAACAAAGGCCCCUGUCCCGGCUGGCACCUGGAGUACAUUGACGUGAAAGAUGAGGCCAUGGACCAGACCUUCAGGUUUCCCUGCGACCGCUGGCUGGCUAAAAAUGAAGAUGACGGGCAGAUAAUGAGGGAGCUGGCCUGUGCCAAUAACGACGCUAUAGACCUCAGUGACAAAACCAAAUAUGAAAUUGCCACAACAACUGCUACCACAGACGACGCCUCCACCACGGAAAACGCCUGGAUCGUGUUGGAAGGAAGGAAGGCUCGUUCUAAGGAGUUUGUUCUAGAGAAUAAGAAAAAGAAGUUCUUACGCGGUGCCACUGAUGCCUUUGAGUUCUCAUCCAAACACUUGGGGGAGAUUGCUGGCAUCUGCAUCGGCCACAUAACAAAAGAUGGAAAGAAGGUGAAGAGUGAAGCCUUCUGGCGUGUUUUAGAGGUGGUGGUGACCGAGAAGGAGCUGGGAAACAAGUAUUUCUUCCACUGUGAUGCACAAAUCCCCCUGGCAGCCAAAAAAGACAAAUUCCUGACAUUUGAGUGCUUUAAAACCAUCGAGAGCUUUGCGAGCAAAGUACGAAACCUGGUCCCUGUGAAGUACGAAUUCAUUGUCAUCACCGGGGACGAGAAAGGAGCGGGCACGGACUCCAACGUUUUCAUCAGCAUUUAUGGCGUCAACGGUGACUCGGGCAAACGGCAUUUGCAGAAAAAGUUUCGCAACCUUUUUGAGCGAGGGCAGACGGACCGCUUUGUUCUGGAAAUGCUGGACCUCGGGGAGCUGCUGAGGGUGAAAGUGGAACAUGACAACAGCGGCACCAACAGUGGUUGGUAUUUAGAGUGUGUGGAGGUGACCAACACAGCCAACUCAGUAACCACCAUCUUCCAGUGUGGAAAGUGGCUGGACUCGCGUAAGGCCGACGGGCAGAUUCAGAGAGUGCUCUACCCCAAAUACUAGAAACUUCAGAAAAAGCCAUUUGCCACCAUUUUAUCUUGUACAAUUUGAAAAAAUAAAAGAAACACGCCUUAA